AAGACAGCUUUUCACCAAAAGGAAACUCAUAAUGGUGCGGGGACGAAGAGGUUGGGGAUUUUGUUCGUUAAAAGAUUAAGUGAUUUACAGAGAAGUUUGGAAAACGUGGCUGUGGAUGUGAUUACUAAUUAGAGUAAGACUGUUACACGAAGCAAGGCUUAAGGCUGCGCCUAAGGGAGCGAAAGGGUGUAAGGCGGCGGAGCGGGGCAAGGUCGGCGAGGAAGGCCCCGAGCCAGGGCGCGGGGGCGCCGGGCCGAGCGGAGGCGACGUGCGGACAAACACGCCCGGUGCGGGCCGAGGCGCGCGGCGGAGCGCAGGUCUCCCCUGUAAAAGGUGCGCCGGCGCCCGCCCCGGGUGAGCAGAACGCCCCGCGGAGGGAGCCGCGGAGCGGGCGGCCGCGGGCUCCGCCCCCAGCGGCUCUGCCAUCUGGGUCAGGACGAGGCGGCCGCGGUGCCGGACCUCAGGACCCGCCGGCUCGGGGACCACUGCCGCCCGCCGCUUCCCUUGCGCUUGCCUCGCCCGCAGGUCCCCGGUCCCCAGCCACGAACUACAGGGAAACCACUGCGAGCACAGUAACAAAAAACAAGAAAUGCCUCAUUCCACCAACAAAGAGCUGAUCCUUGGCAUCAUGGUGGGAACUACUGGAAUCAGCUUGCUGCUUCUGUGGUACCACAAGGUUCGCAAACCAAGGACAGCAAUGAAUUUACCUAAGUUUCUUUCUCUGGGUAAUACAUUUGAUUCGAUGACUUUGCAAGAUGAACAUGGCCAAGGAACAGCAGCCAUCUUUCAAGAAAGGCAACUUCAGAUAUUGGAGAAGUUAAAUGAAUUACUGACAAAUAUGGAAGAACUCAAAAAGGAGAUCAGAGUUCUUAAAGAGGCCAUCCCAAAGCUGGAGGAAUAUAUCCAAGGCGAACUUGGAGGAAAGGUAACUGUCCAUAAGAUAAGUCCUCAGCACAGAGCUAGAAAAAGAAGACUUGCCAUGGCUCAAAAUUCAGCAACAAGUAAUAGUUCAGAGGAAGCAGAAAGUGAAGGAGGGUAUAUUACAGCUAAUACUGACACAGAAGAACAGAGUUUUCCAGUCUCUAAAGCAUUUAACACACGUGUGCAAGAAUUAAAUUUAGAUGUCCUUCUUCAGAAAGCAGACAAUUUACGUAUGAAUGAGUCUAGCAAGAUGGAGAGUUUUGAACUACUUUGUGACCACAAAGAAAAGUUUAGAGAUGAAAUAGAGUUUAUUUGGCGGUUUGCUCGUGCUUAUGGAGACAUGUAUGAGCUAUCUACAAAUACUCAAGAAAAGAAAUAUUAUGCUAAUAUUGGAAAGACAUUAGGUGAAAAAGCUAUUACUAGAGCACCCAUGAACGGAUAUUGUCAUCUGUGGUAUGCUGUUUUGUGUGGCUAUAUGUCUGAGUUUGAAGGCUUACAAAACAAAAUCAACUAUGGACAUCGCUUCAAGGAACAUCUAGAUAAAGCAAUUGAAUUUUUACCUGAAGAACCCUUUUUGUAUUACCUGAGGGGAAGAUACUGUUAUACUGUCUCAAAACUGAGCUGGAUUGAAAAAAAAAUGGCUGCUACUCUGUUUGGAAAAAUACCAUCCUCAACUAUACAAGAAGCUUUACAAAAUUUCCUUAAGGUUGAAGAACUACACCCUGGUUUUUCUAUAUCCAAUUACAUGUUUUUGGCCAAGUGUUAUGUCAAUCUUGAGCAAAUCAAUGAUGCUGAGAAGUUCUGUAAUCUGGCAGUGUUGCUUCCAUGUGUAACCAAAGAGGACAAAGAUGCACAGAAAGAAGCGAAAAAAAUAAGUACUUCCUUGAAAAGAUAAAUAAAAGAACUUACUCUUCAACAAAUCAGAUGUGGUCUAUCUACUAAGAUUUAAACUUAAACUAAUCAAAGCUGUGCUUUUUAUUUUGUUUUCUUUUUGAUGUAAGGGUAAUGUGCUCAGAUUUGAAGGUAAAACCAUGUUUCUGCAGAAUGCAUUCCACUUGUAGCACUAGAGAACUAACUUUGUUACUUGGAGAAAUCUAUUCCCUAUAAUGUCAGUACAAAAUGAUCUUUAAACAUGUAUGCUUUAUAUUUUUCCUAUCAAUAAACUAUAGUCCUCAGAAUAUUUCUUCAAAUAAAAUAUUUAAAUCAAUCCAAUAAA